AUGUAUAGUCCAAGACUUGGACUUGGCAUACCUUUCCGUUCUUCACUAAAUGUGGGUUCAAAAGUACAAGGACAUGUUAUUGGAAUUGAUUUAGGCACAACUAAUAGUUGUGUAGCUAUUAUGGAAGGAAAGACACCACGUGUAAUUGAAAAUGCUGAAGGUGGUCGCACUACUCCGUCAGUAGUUGCUUUUACUAAAGAAGGUGAAUUACUAGUCGGAGUAACUGCUAAACGUCAGGCUGUGGUCAAUCCAGAAAAUACUUUUUUUGCCACUAAACGCUUGAUCGGACGUAAAUUUAAAGAUUCUGAAGUACAAAAAGACAUUGAUCACGUUCCAUAUAAAAUUAUUGAACAUUCAAAUGGAGAUGCAUGGCUAGCAUCUCGAGGUAAAGAGUAUAGUCCUGCUCAAAUUGGUGGGUUCAUCGUAAGUAAAAUGAAGGAAACAGCAGAAUCUUACCUGGGGAAACCUACGAAGAAUGCGGUCAUUACCGUACCAGCAUAUUUUAAUGACUCUCAACGUCAAGCCACGAAAGAUGCGGGUCAAAUCGCAGGUUUAAACGUACUCCGUGUUAUAAAUGAACCAACAGCUGCUGCGCUUGCUUACGGACUUGAUAAAACUGAAAAUAAAAUUAUUGCUGUUUAUGAUUUGGGUGGUGGUACUUUUGAUAUUAGUAUUUUGGAAAUUCAUAAAGGAGUUUUCGAAGUUAAAUCAACCAACGGGAACACCCACUUGGGUGGUGAAGAUUUUGAUAGUAAAUUGGUUAAAUUUAUAGUUGAUUCAUUCAAAAAAGAGGAAGGUGUUGAUUUAUCUA